CUCCGCUUUGACAACGUGUUAAGAGGCAAACUGACGACGCAUGAUAUGACAAGGCGGUUUCCGAUCACGUGUCCUUUAUCCCGCUCCCUCAUUGGUUCCGCGGGGCAGAAGUCGGGGCGCAGCGCGGUGCAGAUGCGCGUCUCGGUGUUGUUUUGACCAAUGGAAGAGUACGAGUCGGACAUUCAAGAGGAGGCAUUUUACGACUGCUCUGCCUCAUUAAUGGAGGAAGAAAACGACUCGCGGGACGGCGCAGGCCGUGACAAGGUCUUGACUGAGAAGGCUGCGGUGGGGGUGGUACCCGGUGGUAACGAAGUUGAUGAGGUGGGAGCAGAGGAGGUGGGGGAGGGACCGGUGUUGCUGGACAGCUGCUUGGAUGAUGAUUCAAACCAUCGUGACAUAAUGGGCGCGACGGGGAGCGGAGGGAGUUUGGAAAAAGAGCUUUGUUCAGACAUGUUUGACAAGCGUGGGGAUGAAGAUGUGAUCAAGGAUGUGGAAAACAGUCAAGAGAGAAUGAAAGAAAAAUCAGAAGUGGUGGUGGAGCCAGAUGAAAGUGGAGAUCUGGGAGAAGAAUCUGAUGCAGAAUCUAUUUUGGAGGAAGAGCUGCGAUUGAGCGAUGAGGAAAAAGAGCGUCGCCGUGAUGAGGCCAUGAUGCUCAAGGAAAGUGGCAACCAGCUAUUCAAACAAGCAGAGUACCAACAGGCUGCAGAUACGUACACACGUGCGCUCAAAGUUUGCCUGCGUGCCUAUUCCAGCCACCGCGCCGUGCUCUACUCUAACCGUGCCGUCGCUCACCAAAAAAUGGGCAACACGGAAAAAGCCAUUCAAGACUGUACCAAAGCGGUGGGGCUCGACCCCGGGUAUGCACGAGCACGGGGUCGUCGAGCGGAGCUGUACGAGGCGAGCGACAAAUUGGACGAGGCAUUGGAGGAUUACCGAGCGCUCCUCGUGCUGGAACCCACCCACAGUGCUGCGAGGGAAGCCUGCGCGCGCUUACCAGAGCAAAUUCAUGUGAGGAAUGAGAAGAUGAAGGAGGAAAUGCUGGGCAAACUUAAGGACCUGGGAAAUCUGCUUCUGCGGCCAUUUGGUCUCUCCACUCAGAAUUUUCAAUUUCAGCAAGACCCAGACACCGGCUCCUAUUCCGUGAACUUUAAUCAGAACAAAAAUAGCUAGAAUAUUUAGCAGUAACAGCCAGCCAUGUAACGUUAGGCAUGGUACACAUGCAUUUACAAGCAAAAUACCAUUGAAGACGAGUUGUCUUGACGGGCAAUAGUGAGUUAAUGCUAUUUGCAUUUCUGAAUUAUUAAGCAGCUCUAAUUGUUACCUUUCCACAACCACUUGCAACAAGGCUCUGGAACCCAGUACCUUUUGUUCUAGAAUCAGCAGCAGCACAUGGCAUGUCCCAAAUAUUAAAGUCGUCACAAUUCAUAACGCUUUGUGGGAUGAGUCCCUCUGCUCCAACUGCCCCCUACCCAUCCCCGACAUGGCCAGGUCGUAGAGGCUUGGGAAGCCAUCUAAAUCAAUAUUUCCGUGGAUCGUUUUACCCAGGAUUAGUUCAAGCAAGCCUGGCUCUCCUGAUGAGACCGUAAAUGUCGGACCAUGUCCAGAGUUUUGCUUGUAUUGAACCAAUGGGAUGUGUAAAACGUACUUGUAUUUUUAUCUGUAGGGACAGAUAUUGGAUAGAGGUGAUUGUUUGCUUAUUUAUUGUUACAUUCUCCACAACAAUAUGAAUUACUUUGUGUUAACCCAGGGUUAAGUUCAACUAUCUGAAGCUAAAUAUAUUUUUUUGUAAUUUUAUUUGUUUUAAACAUGGCCCUGUGUGAAAUAAACAAGAUCUGCCAUUGACCAAG